GCUCUUUAAAUACGUCUUCUAAACGUUUGAAGGGGUCUGAAACGGUGUACAUUGUUAAGUUGCAUAUCAACUUUCCUUCACAAUCUCAACUCCAAAAUGACCCUUGGAGAAAACUCCGUUGCCCUAAAGGACCCUGAGGUACAGGAUGAUGCUCCAGCAGACGAUGAUGAAGAUGAUGAACCAGAGGACAUUCAAGUAACUAUAAAAGAAUCCUGCCAGACGACUGCAGAGUGUGUCAAAUAUAAAGAAGCAUUAGAUUCUUGUAAUGCAAGAGUCAGCAGUCGAAAAGAAACAGAAGAAACAUGUUAUGAAGAAGUUUUAGAUUAUGUCCAUUGUGUAGAUCAUUGUGUAGCAAAAAACUUAUUCACCAAACUUAAGUAGCAGCGGAUUUUUAAAGUAUAGAAAUGACUGUACUGGCUUAAGAAAAAUAUUUUCGUUAGACAUUCAGGUUUUGACAGUAUAACUGAAGUGUAUUUGUUUUUGUAACUGACAAAAGAAAUAAUAGAAUUCCAGUUAAUUGUC